UCUCCUACUCCAACCCUCACACUGUCAGACGGACGGACAGACAAUACGAGAGACUGUCUCUCACUCUCUUACUUUGUCUAAUGUAUAUUACAAUUGGGCAGCAGUGAAUAACACACACUCCAUUACAUACUGUGCCCGAGGACCCCGUCUCUUCUGUUGCUUGAUCGACUCUCAGGAAUCAUGGUCCGCCUCGCAGCCCUGAUCACUUUUCUGGCUUGUAUGGUGCUGUCAGAGGCCCAACAUGAGCCGGGCUACUGCACUUUCUAUGAGGAGUGUGGUCGUAACCCCUCGGUAGAAACACCUCUCCUCCCUCCUUUGGUCCCCUGUUUGAACUACAGCCCUGCCAGAGCCCUCACAGGGGAACAUUACAAGAAACUCCAACAGGUGUGUCCCAUGUUGGACCGUGGAGAGGGCAACACGUUCGCCUGCUGCUCCUUAAAACAGCUGAAAUCCCUGGAUUUGAGUCUGAGCCUGUCCAAGGCGGUGCUGAUCCGCUGCCCCUCCUGCUCUGACAACUUUGGCCACCUGCAUUGCAUCAACACCUGCAGCCCCAACCAGAGCCAGACAGUAAAAGUCACAAAGGUCAUGAACAUCACCAACAUCAUUACGAACAAGACAAGGGAGGCCGUGGUAGCUUACCAGGCAUUCCUCAGCACCACCUUCUCAGACGCCUCCUUCCAGUCAUGCAAAAAUGUCAGGAUCCCCGCCACUGGAGGCUUCGCCAUUGCCACCAUGUGCGGUCGCUAUGGCGCCAAGCUGUGCAACCCUCAACGCUGGUACGACUUCCAGGGAAACUCCGGUAACGGCCUGGCACCACUGGACAUCGACUUCCGCCUGAUAAAAAAGGGAGACACUGAGGGACUACCCAAGGGUGUGAUUCCGUACAGUGGACGUGCUCUGAUGUGUAACGAGACCACACCAUCCGGAGGUCAGGUCUGCUCCUGCCAGGACUGCCAAGAGUCGUGCCCGAGGGUGCCGCCUCCCCAACUGCCCCCCGGUCCCUUCAGACUAUUGGGGACAGACGGCUUUCUCGUGAUAUCCGUCAUCUUACUCUGUCUACUGUUAUUUGCCUUCCUUUUCUACCUCUUCGUGUCUUACUUGGUGAGGUCUCAGAAAAGAGAGGAUGUAGAGAAAAGGAAGAGAAUGGGGAAAGGCAAAGACCAGAACAGUAAUGAUGUGACUCAGCGGGUUGUUGAUCCGUCAGAGGUGACGUGCGUCGACAGGAACAGCAUGGCUGCUCAAGCUUUCCUAAGCAAGGAGUUUCGACAUUGGGGAACCUUCAUGGCCACUUAUCCUCUCACGGUGCUCCUGUUGUCGGCUGUAGUCGUGGCUGUUUUCUCUGCUGGCCUCAAGGACAUUGAGCUCACUACAGACCCAGUCGAGCUGUGGUCUGCUCCCAACAGCCGCGCCCGCCAGGAGAAAGACUUCCACGACUCACACUUCGACCCCUUCUUCAGGACGAACCAGCUGAUCUUGACCGCACCGGGCAGAAAAAGCCACAUUUACGACUCUUCAGUGUUUGGACCGCAGAACUUCAGCGGGAUUAUAUCUAAAGAUCUCGUCAUUGAGCUCCUGGAGCUCCAGACACGAAUCCAGAACAUUGAGUUCUGGUCAGAGGAUCUGAACCGCACAGCGAGCCUGAAGGAUGUGUGUUUCGCACCGCUGAACCCAUCCGACCCUUCCCUGACGGACUGUGCAGUCAACAGCUUGCCGCAGUACUUCCAGAACAGCCUGGAGAACAUUAACGCUAUGCUGAACACGACAAACCUGGAAGUGGUGGACUGGAGAGACCACUUGAUCUACUGCCUCAACUCUCCCCUGUCUUUUCAAGACAUCACUGGUUUACGCAUGAGCUGCAUGGCUGAUUACGGAGGUCCAGUCUUCUCCUUUCUGGCUGUGGGAGGCUACCAGAAUGAUGACUUUACCAAUGCUGAGGCUCUCAUCAUGACCUUCUCCCUCAACAACUACGCUCGCAGCAACCCCAAGUUCAAAGUGGCUUUGCAGUGGGAGACAGAGUUUCUUAAGAUCGUCCAGGACUACCAGAAGAACCCGGCCGCUAAAUUCACCUUUGCAUACAUGGCAGAGAGGUCCCUGGAAGAUGAGAUUAAUCGGACAACAGCAGAGGACAUCCCCAUCUUCAUGAUCAGCUAUGCUGUAAUCUUUUUGUACAUUGCUGUGGCACUGGGGGAGUACUCUUCAUGGAAACGCAUACUGGUGGACUCCAAGUUUCUGGUGGGUCUGGGUGGGAUCCUGGUGGUCGGCUGCUCUGUCCUGGCCUCCAUGGGCUUGUACUCCUGGAUCGGCAUCCCCUCCUCGCUGGUCAUUCUGCAGGUCGUACCUUUCCUGGUGCUCGCUGUCGGAGCUGACAACAUCUUCAUCUUUGUUCUGGAGUACCAGAGAGAUGUGCGGAGGCCCGGAGAGAAGAGAGAGGAGCACAUUGGUCGUGUCCUUGGAAACGUAGCUCCCAGCAUGCUCCUGUGCAGUCUCUCUGAGUCUAUCUGCUUCUUUCUAGGUGCCCUGUCCACCAUGCCAGCAGUGAAGUCCUUUGCUCUGUACGCUGCUCUAGCCGUGCUCAUGGACUUCAUCCUCCAGAUGACAGCCUUCGUGGCGCUGCUGUCCCUGGAUGCCCGGCGCCAAGACAACAACCGCUGUGAACUGCUCUGCUGCGUUACAGUGUCGACUCAGCCUCCCGACAAGCCAAACGAGGGCUUCCUGCUGCCCCUCAUGAGGAAAUACUACGCCCCUGUUCUAUUGAACCGCUACACCAGGAUCAUAGUGAUGGUGGUUUUCAUCUUCAUGCUCUGUGCAUCCUUAUUCUUCAUGUUUAAUGUGACCGUGGGUCUGGAUCAGGAGCUGGCUAUGCCUCGGGGCUCUUAUAUGCUGGACUAUUUCCAGUACCUGUACAAAUACUUUGAGGUUGGAGUCCCUGUUUAUUUUGUAACAAAAGGGGGCUUCAACUUCAACACCGUGGCGGGCAUGAAUGCAACCUGCUCCAGCGUGGGCUGCGAUCAGUUCUCGCUAACCCAGAAGAUCCAGUACGCCACCAACCACCCUGAACUAUCCUACUUGGCUAUUCCUGCUAACUCGUGGGUAGAUGAUUUCAUUGACUGGCUGAACCCCGGAUCCAGAUGUUGCCGUCUGUACGCCUUCGGUCCAAACGCUGGAAAGUUCUGUCCUGCAAGCGAAUCUGGUUUCCUCUGCCCCCGGAAGUGUAUGGCGAUUCCUGCAGACGGCGUCCUCAGGCCCACUGUGGAACAAUUCAACCGCUUCCUCCCUGACUUCCUGGGUAACAGGCCAGACCUGCAGUGCCCCAAAGGCGGUCUUGGAGCCUAUGACAAAGCUGUGGUGAAAGAUAACAGUGGAGAAAUUAUAGCCACUCGGUUCAUGGCUUACCACACACCUUUAAGCAACUCUCAGGAGUUCACUGCUGCGCUGCAGAUGGCCAGAGAGCUGGCCCACAACAUCACAAUGGGCAUGAGGGAAAUACCAGGCACCUCACCUGACUUUGAAGUAUUUCCUUACACGGUGACUAAUGUAUUUUAUGAGCAGUACCUGACCAUUGUGCCAGAGGGCCUCUUCAACAUCUCCUUGUGUCUGCUGCCGACCUUCGUGGUGUGCUGCCUGCUGCUGGGCUUGGAUCUGCGCUCCGGUCUGCUCAACCUAAUCACCAUAAUCAUGAUCACCGUGGACACUGUCGGCAUCAUGACGCUGUGGGGCAUCGAUUACAACGCGGUUGCCCUCAUCAAUCUGGUCACGGCGGUGGGCAUCUCUGUGGAGUUUGUGUCUCAUAUGACCAGAUCCUUUGCACUCAGCACUAAGCCCACACAUAUAGAAAGAGCUAAGGAGGCUACGGCCAACAUGGGCAGCGCGGUGUUUGCCGGCGUUGCUAUGACCAACCUGCCAGGCAUCCUUGUCCUGGCCUUUGCCAAAGCACAACUCAUCCAGAUCUUCUUCUUCCGAUUAAACCUGGUCAUUACGCUUUUGGGGAUGGCUCAUGGACUCAUAUUCCUCCCUGUGCUGCUCAGCUACUUUGGUCCUGGUGUGAAUAAAGCAGUGCUGCUGCAGCUCCAGCAGGACAAAGCCAAGGAGCUGGAGCUGAGAAACAACAUCAGACAAGUGUAUGACAACAUGAGCUUUGAUUGCUAUGACAUAAGACAGGACACAGACACAGACUCAAACUCCGCAAAGGACCCAACAGACGCCAGCGGACCUUCACACAUUAUAGAGAAGCAACAGGAGGAGAAAGAGGAGAGAAUAGACCGUUUCUGAGCAUCAACAACAAAGCUUGUUUUUUAAGCUCUGAUGAGUGAAUACCUCUAUAACAAACUGAAAAGUAUGGACACAGGAAAGGACAGAGAGAGCAAACAAGGAGUCAAGUAUUUGGCUCCGUAUGGAAAUCAUUAACUUAACUAUGUACCUCAAUCAGAAAUGGGCCGGUGGGACUGAAGACAACAAUAUGCAGCUGUGCAAUAUUUCUGAGCAAUGCAAGAGUGGACUAUUGUAUUAAGCCUUUCCUGUCUGGACAUGUGAAAAACUACACAAGCACUGAAACUUUCUUGUUCAACUGCGGACAGGAAGUCGACCAAUAUUCUUGAAUAAGUCAAUUUGUAUUUUUUUUGUAUUGAAUGUGAAUAUUUCACAUUAGCACUGUUUUGACUGAUUUAAAGGAACACACACUCCAGCUUUUCAUAUUAUUCAAUAGCAGUAUGGUGGCAUGGCUGUAAAAUGUGCAAUCAGUGAAAAAUAUUAAAUGUGUUUAAACAUUUGGUAUCAUAAUUUUACAUAAUUCUUUUUGUACCAUAAAUAACUUUGUGUGUAAUUAAAUAAAUUAUGCAGAUUUUAGUUUGUGGAUGUUUUUAUUUGUACCACCUGUUGUUUGCCAUUGCGGCAUCCAAUAAAGCCUUCAAGCUAAUUCAGCGGUGGACACUUUAAUGCAAUUGUUUCUAUUUAUGUAAUUAUUAAAAGCAUAUUUUUUUUUCCCCCUAUUCGCUCCAUUUUAUGUGACACAAAGUAUCAUGAGAAAUACUGUGUCCCAAUAUACAUGCCAGAGGUUCUUCAUUGUCAUAUCUGAAUGAAAUAUUUUUUUUUUUUAGACAUGCCCAGUGUAUGAGUAAAUUCAGAUAUAAGUUACAAAUGAAAAAUAAAUGAACAAAGUGUCAAACA